AUGGAACCAGUGUUCCCGCCAUUUCUUCAAAGUGUCCAAGGAGCCGCUUUUCAACAGGACAACCCCAGGUCACAUAUCGCUCGUUCUACUCCAGACCUGGCUCCAGUCAUUAACCGUCCACCCUACAGUCCAGACCUGGCUCCAGUCAUUAACCGUCCACCCUACAGUCCAGUCCUGCCUCCACCCUACAAUCCAGACCUGGCUCCAGUCAUUAACCGUCCACACUACAGUCCAGACCUGGCUCCAGUCAUUAACCGUCCACCCUACAGUCCAGACCUGGCUCCAGUCAUUAACCGUCCACCGUACAGUCCAGACCUGGCUCCAGUCAUUGACCGUCCACCCUACAGUCCAGACCUGGCUCCAGUCAUUAACCGUCCACCCUACAGUCCAGUCCUGCCUCCACCCUACAAUCCAGACCUGGCUCCAGUCAUUAACCGUCCACCCUACAGUCCAGACCUGGCUCCAGUCAUUAACCGUCCACCGUACAGUCCAGACCUGGCUCCAGUCAUUAACCGUCUACCCUACAGUCCAGACCUGGCUCCAGUCAUUAACCGUCCACCCUACAGUCCAGACCUGGCUCCAGUCAUUAACCGUCCACCCUACAGUCCAGACCUGGCUCCAGUCAUUAACCGUCCACCGUACAGUCCAGACCUGGCUCCAGUCAUUAACCGUCCACCGUACAGUCCAGACCUGGCUCCAGUCAUUAACCGUCCACCCUACAGUCCAGACCUGGCUCCAGUCAUUAACCGUCCACCCUACAGUCCUACAGUCCAGACCUGGCUCCAUCCAGACCUGGCUCCAGUCAUUAACCGUCCACCCUACAGUCCAGACCUGGCUCCAGUCAUUAACCGUCCACCCUACAGUCCAGACCUGGCUCCAGUCAUUAACCGUCCACCCUACAGUCCAGUCCUGGCUCCAGUCAUUAACCGUCCACCCUACAGUCCAGACCUGGCUCCAGUCAUUAACCGUCCACCCUACAGUCCAGACCUGGCUCCAGUCAUUAACCGUCCACCCUACAGUCCAGACCUGGCCCCAGUCAUUAACCGUCCACCCUACAGUCCAGACCUGCCUCCAGUCAUUGACUGUCCACCCUACAGUCCAGUCCUGGCUCCAGUCAUUGACCGUCCACCCUACAGUCCAGUCCUGGCUCCAGUCAUUGACCGUCCACCCUACAGUCCAGUCCUGGCUCCAGUCAUUGACCGUCCACCCUACAGUCCAGUCCUGGCUCCAGUCAUUGACCGUCCACCCUACAGUCCAGACCUGGCUCCAGUCAUUGACCGUCCACCCUACAGUCCAGACCUGGCUCCAGUCAUUAACCUUCCACCCUACAGUCCAGACCUGGCUCCAGUCAUUGACCGUCCACCCUACAGUCCAGUCCUGGCUCCAGUCAUUGACCGUCCACCCUACAGUCCAGACCUGGCUCCAGUCAUUGACCGUCCACCCUACAGUCCAGACCUGCCUCCAGUCAUUAACCGUCCACCCUACAGUCCAGACCUGGCUCCAGUCAUUAACCGUCCACCCUACAGUCCAGACCUGCCUCCAGUCAUUGACCGUCCACCCUACAGUCCAGACCUGCCUCCAGUCAUUGACCGUCCACCCUACAGUCCAGUCCUGGCUCCAGUCAUUGACCGUCCACCCUACAGUCCAGACCUGGCUCCAGUCAUUGACCGUCCACCCUACAGUCCAGACCUGGCUCCAGUCAUUGACCGUCCACCCUACAGUCCAGUCCUGGCUCCCAGGGCCGGCUGCUAUAGGUCAGGAGUCAGUAACCUCCAGCUGUUGUGA